UCUUUUCCUACAUAUUCACUUUUUUUAACCUUUCAAUUCCAUAUUUUUUGUCCUUCAUGCUUCUUUCAUCCGAGAUCAAAAGUAGAAUUCAUUCUGUUGCUUCAUCUCGAUCCGUAAUCUUCUACACGUUUCACAUUAACAUCUAUGGCAAGUUCAGUGAGGUUGUACCUGACUUGCAUACGGAACACUCUAGAGGCUGCCAUGUGUUUACAGAACUUUCCUUGUCAAGAAGUUGAAAGACAUAACAAACCCGAAGUUGAGAUGAAGACUAGCCCGGAACUUCUGCUUAACUCAGUUGUGAUUUGUCGAAAUGAAGCUGAAAAAUGCUUGAUUGAAACUUCUAUUAAUUCACUGCGCAUAAGCCUCAAGGUAAAGCAGGCAGAUGAGCUUGAAAACAUUCUAACCAAAAAGUUCCUUAGAUUUUUGUCUAUGAGGGCAGAAGCUUUUCAAGUUUUGAGGAGAAAACCAGUUCAGGGUUAUGACAUUAGUUUUCUUAUCACUAAUUACCACUGUGAAGAGAUGCAGAAGCAUAAGCUUAUCGACUUCAUUGUGCAAUUCAUGGAAGAUAUUGAUAAAGAGAUAAGUGAACUGAAAUUGUCCAUGAACACUAGGGGAAGAUUAGUGGCAACAGAAUUUCUUAAGCAAUUCAUCUGAAUUCUUCCAAUCUGUGUAUUUUAUUCAAUCAUAAAUCCUUUUAACAGACUUGAGAUAUAUUCUGCUUGUUAGAUAUAUAUAUGCUAUAUUUCAUUUUUUUGUGGGUUUAUUAUGUUUCA